AUGGCAGAACAACAACAACGUCUCCAAGUCCUCACGGAGGAAUAUCAAAAACUCCAAACAGAUCUCCAAAAUUCGAUCUCCUCGCGCCAAAAGCUCGAAUCUCAACAACAAGAAAAUAAGGGCGUUCAAAAAGAAUUCGCCGCCCUCUCCUCCGACUCCAACAUAUAUAAGCUCGUCGGUCCCGUUCUCCUAAAACAAGAUAAAACCGAAGCUGUUAUGGCCGUUGACGGACGUUUAGAAUUUAUCGAGAAGGAAAUAAAAAGAGUCGAACAAGCUAUUAAAGAUGUACAGGAUAAAAGUGAUGGUUUGAAGAUGGAGAUAAUAAAACUACAAUCCGAGUCCCCGGUCUCACAGUCUCAGGCCGUUGCAUAA